AUGGGCUUUACGUGGUUUGGCAUCGGCAAAGGCCGGCAGCUCGUCCAGGCCGCCAAGGACGGCGACGUCGAACAGGUCGCGAUGCUCCUCCGGAAGCGCGCCAACCCGAAUGCGAAAAAGGCCGGCAUGACCGCGCUCUUCUACGCGGCCUCGAGCGGCCGCGUCCCGAUCGCCAUGAUGCUCGUCGAGGCCGGCGUCGACGUCAACAAGAGCACCUCGCUCGGCGAGUACCCGAUCUACAUUGCCGCCGCCAACGGCCACGCCGAAGUCGUCCAGAUCCUCGUGACGGCCAAGGCGAAUGUCAACAAGGUCAAGAAGGACGGCGAUUCGGCGCUGUACAUUGCCGCGGCGAAUGGCCAUACACGCAUCGUCGAGAUGCUCGUGGCGGCCAAAGCCGACGUCAACAAAACCAACAAGACGGGCGACCUGCCGAUCAAGAUGGCGGCGCAAGGCGGCUUUAUCGACAUUGUCCGCAUCCUCAUUGGCGCCAAGGCCGACAUGAACAAGUGCGACGAGUUUGGCUUCUCCACCAUUUACGUCGCCGCGUCGCACGGCGAAGACGAGAUCGUCCAGCUCCUCAUCGAUGCCGGCGCCGACAUGGACCCGUCCAAGUUCAUGCGGCGCCUCAAGCGACACCGCGGCGUGCUGACGUGGAUUGGAAACGACCAAGCACCCGCGCUUCUGAUGAAGUGCACGCUGCGCGCCCAUUGGGACAGCGCUCAAGUCGGAUUUGACGACUUUUCGUUCAACAUCUUUACGUGCCCAUUCGACCAGAUGCGCCACCUCUGCCCUUUCGAGUCAUCGGUGUGUUUGAGACCUUUUUCCGUGCCGCCGGACGUUGGCCUUGCAUUCGUGACCCGCGUCCAAGACGGGUACCUCGACAACCCGUACCACUCGUGGUGGCAUGGCGUCGACGUCUUCCAGCGCUGCUUUGCGCUACUGAGUCGCUCGUCGCUUCUGUCACUAUUGCAGCCGAUGCACGUGUUUGCUCUCUUGCUCUCGGCGCUCACACACGAUGUGGGCCACCCGGGCACGGACAAUGGCUUCGAGUCCGCGACCUUGUCGCCGCUCGCCGUGCGCUACAACGACACAUCGGUGCUGGAGCAGCACCACGCCGCCGAGACCUUUCGCAUCCUGGGUGACCCCGAUUGCAACAUUACAGUCGGCUUGUGCCGCAUUGCCUUCCAGUCGCUGCGCAAAUUUGUCAUUGACGCGAUCCUGCAGACCGACAUGAAGGCCCACUUUGACCUUGUCCACGCCCUCGAAGACGCGGUGUGCAUUUGUUUCCUUGAACUAUCGCAAUGGGUUAUCCUCUCGUUGUGUAGCACAACCGCGAGCUCAAGCACAUGCCGGCCUUCGACAUCGAUGAUGCGCUGCACGUCAAGAACCUUCUCGGAAGCGUCUUGCAUGCGGCCGACAUUGGCGCGCAGAUGUACCCGGUCGAUGUCGCGCCGGCUCGUCGAAGAGUUCGCGCUUUUGGCAGCGAAAGAACGCAGCGCGGGGAUCCCCGUCGCCGUUUUUCGUGCAUGUUUGGAGACGGACAAGGACAUUGCAACGCUGCAGCUCAAUUUUAUCAACUACAUCGUCACGCCGCUCUGGACACUGCUCAUGGAGCUCUUCCCGGCCGCCAAGGUGCUCAAGGCCAACCUCGACUGCAAUCGCAUGUGCUUUCAGCACGAUGUCGCCGACACCGACGUCCACGACAAGGGCCACCGCCGAUCGCUCUGCGUGACGCCAACGCUAUCGCUAGUUCCGACCACGCGCCUCGCCAAGCGGAGUGCGACGACCCACUUUACCGAGCAAGCGUGCCACGUCAUCACCGAGACGCUAAUACAACCAACGACGUCCGACUACAAGCGCAAUUAA